AGAGAUCCUAAGGGUUGGACUUGGAUGCUUCAUCUAUUAAUUAAUAAAUAGCAUCUCUAAUACUUAAUUCUUCGAAAGGUCAAUUUGAAGCGCGAAGUAAUGAUGUAUACAAGAAGAAGGGAAGAGUUGUUAUAAUUCACACGGUAAUAAGUUUGUAAGAAUCCAUAGAUAGACGACAAUGACAACACAAACUCCUCCAUCAAAUCCGAUCACCGAUCCCUACAAGUACCUCCGUAUCGUCCUGGCCCCUGAUGGCACCAUUACUCGCUUGCCAGAAAUUCCAAGCCUAAACCUCUCAUCAGCCGACUCUGCUUCUGAUUCCCACCCAAUUCCUAUUCUCACCAAAGAUCUCACCAUCAACCAAUCAAAAAAAACAUGGGCACGUAUAUUCCUACCCAGGCAAACGCUGGAUCCUUCCUUCCACGCCAAACUUCCUCUCAUAGUUUGGUUCCGUGGAGGAGGGUUCAUUCUCUACAGUGCAGCUUCAGCCCUUUUUCAACAUUCCUGCGCAACUAUGGCUAUUCAACUGUCUGCUGUUCUUGUCUCCAUUGAGUACCGUCUCGCACCCGAGCACCGUCUCCCUGCAGCUUACGAGGACGCUGUUGAGGCGGUGCACUGGAUUAAAACCGCUCCAGAUGAGUGGUUAACAGAUUUUGCUGAUCUCAACAAUUGUUUUCUUAUGGGGGGUAGUGCCGGCGCUAAUAUAGCUUACCAUGCUGGACUAAAACUGGCGGCGACAAUCGAUGAUCAUGAUCUACAUCCUUUAGAGAUCAAAGGGUUGAUAUUGCAUCAACCUUUCAUCGGUAGGUGCAAGAGGACUGAAUCGGAGUUGAGAAUGGUUAGUGAUCCCCAUCUACCGCUUUGUUGUGCUGAUCUGAUGUGGAAGUUGGCUUUGCCAAUUGGAGCUGACCGUGAUCAUGAAUAUUGCAAUCCGACAGUAGAGGGUGGUUCAAAUGCGUUGACGAAGAUGAAGGAGUUAGGGUGGAGAAUAUUGGUAGAUUGGGGUGAUAAAGACCCACUGAUGGACAUCAACCAAAACUAUACUUUGACAAUUUUUAAGAAGGGUUUACAAGUGGUAAGCCAAUUUUCGGAGGGACAUUGUCAUGGGAUAGAGCUUGUUGAUCUCUCCAAAUGCAACGCCCUGUAUUCUGCCUACAAAUCUUUCAUAUCUUCGUCACUGCUUCCUUAGUCAGUGAUGCGCACCGUUUUGGCAGUUUCUUCUCUUUCCUUUGCAAGAAAGUUGAGCCUUAAAGAUUAUUGAGGGCCCUGCUUGAAGGUUUGGUUUGUGUAUAUGAUUGUAACUGCUUACAUCAAUUUGAUUAAAUAAUUUACAUGAGUUUGCGCUCUAGAUAUUAUCAUUGCACGUUUAAAUUCCUUCCAGCUAGUGUCCAUGAAGUUAUUUAUUGUAAAAUUAUAGGUUAUUUCAAUUCUACUCCAACUACAUUUUGACCAUAAGCUAUAUGGAUUUGUCUCAA